CGCUGCAUUGCCCUGCCCCCGCACCGUCGCCACCGCAGCUCCCUAGUUGCGUUCCGUCGCCCCGGCCCGGCCCGGCCUCGUCUCGCUGCCGCCGCCAUGAACAAGAAGAAGAAGCCGUUCCUGGGCAUGCCCGCGCCCCUGGGCUACGUGCCGGGGCUGGGCCGCGGAGCCACAGGUUUUACCACCCGCUCUGAUAUUGGCCCUGCACGUGAUGCCAACGACCCCGUGGAUGAUCGCCAUGCUCCACCAGGGAAGAGGACUGUUGGGGAUCAAAUGAAAAAGAAUCAGACGGCUGAUGAUGACGAUGAAGAUUUGAACGACACCAAUUAUGAUGAGUUCAAUGGGUAUGCUGGGAGCCUGUUCUCAAGUGGUCCCUAUGAAAAAGAUGAUGAGGAAGCAGAUGCUAUUUAUGCAGCUUUGGAUAAGAGGAUGGAUGAACGCAGAAAAGAAAGAAGGGAACAACGAGAAAAAGAGGAAAUAGAAAAAUACCGUAUGGAACGACCCAAAAUUCAGCAGCAGUUCUCGGACUUGAAACGGAAGCUAGCAGAGGUCACGGAAGAAGAGUGGCUGAGUAUUCCAGAAGUUGGUGAUGCCAGGAACAAGCGUCAGAGGAACCCCCGUUAUGAGAAGCUGACUCCUGUACCCGACAGCUUUUUUGCAAAGCAUUUACAAUCAGGGGAGAAUCACACUUCUGUGGACCCACGCCAGACACAAUUUGGUGGAUUGAAUACUCCAUAUCCAGGGGGCUUGAAUACUCCAUACCCAGGAGGAAUGACACCAGGCUUAAUGACACCUGGGACGGGUGAAUUGGAUAUGAGGAAGAUUGGCCAAGCCAGGAACACCUUGAUGGAUAUGAGGCUAAGCCAGGUGUCAGACUCUGUGAGUGGCCAGACUGUAGUGGACCCGAAAGGAUACUUGACAGACUUGAAUUCGAUGAUUCCCACACAUGGAGGAGAUAUCAAUGAUAUCAAGAAAGCUCGUUUGCUCCUGAAAUCUGUACGAGAGACCAAUCCUCAUCAUCCGCCAGCCUGGAUAGCAUCAGCCCGACUGGAGGAGGUCACUGGCAAACUGCAAGUGGCUCGAAAUCUCAUCAUGAAAGGAACGGAGAUGUGCCCCAAGAGUGAAGAUGUUUGGUUAGAAGCUGCUCGGCUUCAGCCUGGGGAUACAGCCAAGGCUGUUGUGGCCCAAGCUGUCCGCCACCUUCCACAAUCUGUCCGAAUCUAUAUAAGAGCAGCAGAGCUGGAGACAGAUAUCCGUGCAAAGAAACGUGUCCUUAGGAAAGCUCUUGAGCAUGUUCCAAAUUCAGUGCGUUUGUGGAAAGCAGCUGUGGAGUUAGAAGAACCUGAGGAUGCCAGGAUCAUGCUGAGUCGGGCUGUGGAGUGCUGUCCGACAAGCGUUGAACUGUGGCUUGCGCUGGCAAGACUGGAGACCUACGAGAAUGCUCGUAAAGUCCUUAACAAAGCCCGUGAGAAUAUUCCAACAGAUCGUCACAUCUGGAUUACUGCUGCCAAACUGGAGGAAGCCAAUGGAAACACCCAGAUGGUGGAGAAAAUCAUUGACAGAGCCAUCACAUCUCUUAGGGCUAACGGUGUGGAAAUCAACAGAGAGCAAUGGAUACAGGAUGCCGAGGAAUGUGAUAAAGCUGGAAGUGUGGCCACAUGCCAAGCAAUCAUGCGAGCUGUGAUUGGGAUUGGGAUUGAGGAAGAAGAUCGGAAACAUACCUGGAUGGAAGACGCAGACAGUUGUGUGGCUCAUAAUGCUCUGGAGUGUGCCCGAGCAAUUUAUGCUUAUGCCUUGCAAGUUUUCCCGAGCAAGAAAAGCGUGUGGCUGCGAGCAGCAUACUUCGAAAAGAAUCAUGGAACAAGGGAAUCCUUGGAGGCUCUUUUGCAGAGAGCUGUUGCUCACUGUCCCAAAGCAGAAGUGCUCUGGCUUAUGGGAGCCAAAUCAAAGUGGUUGGCGGGAGAUGUGCCAGCAGCCAGAAGCAUUUUGGCCCUGGCUUUCCAGGCCAACCCCAACAGCGAGGAGAUCUGGCUUGCUGCCGUGAAGCUCGAGUCAGAAAACAAUGAAUAUGAAAGAGCAAGGAGGCUGCUGGCAAAAGCUCGCAGCAGUGCCCCCACUGCAAGGGUCUUCAUGAAGUCUGUGAAGUUAGAGUGGGUGCUUGGGAACAUUGCUGCAGCCCAGGAGCUUUGUGAGGAAGCCCUGAAGCACUAUGAGGACUUCCCCAAACUGUGGAUGAUGAAAGGACAAAUUGAAGAACAAAAAGAGCUGGUAGAGAAAGCACGGGAGGCUUAUAAUCAAGGGUUGAAGAAGUGCCCCCAUUCCAUACCCCUGUGGCUUUUGCUCUCCAGGCUGGAGGAGAAGGUUGGACAGUUGACUAGAGCAAGAGCCAUCUUGGAAAAGUCUCGCCUCAAGAAUCCAAAGAAUCCAGAUCUCUGGUUGGAGUCUGUGCGACUGGAGUACAGAGCUGGGCUAAAGAAUAUUGCAAAUACUUUGAUGGCCAAGGCAUUGCAAGAGUGCCCCAAUUCAGGAAUCCUGUGGUCAGAAGCAAUUUUCCUUGAAGCGCGACCGCAACGAAAGACCAAGAGUGUGGACGCUCUCAAGAAGUGUGAACAUGACCCACAUGUCCUGUUGGCUGUGGCCAAGCUGUUCUGGAGUGAGCGUAAAAUAACCAAGGCCAGAGAAUGGUUCCACCGAACAGUGAAAAUAGAUUCAGACCUGGGGGAUGCCUGGGCUUUCUUCUACAAAUUUGAGCUCCAGCAUGGCACAGAGGAACAACAAGAAGAGGUGAGGAAGCGCUGUGAGAAUGCCGAACCUCGCCACGGAGAGCUCUGGUGUGAUGUCUCCAAGGACAUAGAGAAUUGGCAGAAAAAGAUCGGAGAGAUUCUUGUGCUUGUGGCAGCCAAGCUUAAAAAUACCUUCUAGAGUGUGCUGGUUUCAGCUGCGUUAAUCAUCUCUGUAGGACUUGUCUGCUUACCUGCUUUUGGUGCGUUCGCCCUUAUGGUGGUACAGAUUUUGGAGGACAGGAGGUCGGUGGUGGUAUGAAAGAUCUUCCAAAAAGAAAAGCCACUUCCUUCUGUUCCCAGCGAUAGUGCUCUUGGCUCACACAACGCGGUCAUCGGCUUCUGCAACACCUCUGAACGUUGUUGCUGGUGUCAUGUAGGAGAGACGAGCGGUCUUGUGGGGCUCCACUGGCGUUUUGAUGCCUGAAUCCCCCCUGUAAAUACAAGCUUUAAUUAGUGCUUGUAUGAAUUCUGGUAUCUGGCAGUGCCUCUGGUUUCUUCCCUAGCAUGUGUUCCCGUCCUGUCCCCGUUUGUGCAGUUUCUGUCAUGUUUGGCCCGUCUGGUGCUGGUUCCUUGUCAGCAGAUCUCGUUUGUUGCUGUUUGAGCUCACUGAACAUCCUUGAAGGAGACGAGUGGAGUUCUGUUGGGGGAAGACAAGCAGCCCAGGGGAAGGACUGGGCUGUGCUGGCCCCUCUUGUUUUUUUUCCCUCCCCCCCCCCCCCUUUUUUUUUUUUACCCCCUUCUUUUUUUUGAGUUUUUUGCCACAAGCCUGGUUUAGCUUGGUCUUCUGGCAGGCUGCAACACAACUCAGAAGUAUUCCUCAAACCUGAGCAGAUGGAGCAUUUUGUGAAAUUCAAGAGCAUAUUUUUAGAAACUUCUUCCUUGAUUUUUUUAGAUGUAUAUAGUAUAACCUUAUUCUUUUAGGUGUCUGAUUUCACUAAAGGCAGUGGUAUUUUGAAGUAAGGCAAAAUCCUGCGGUCCCUGAAGGCCCUUUUGAAGGAACAACAUUUAUUUAGAGUCAUUGAGAGACUGCACACUUUUAUGGUGGCAACUGCUUUCAGUUGGGAUGUUUGGGAUGAUGCUUUUCAAGCACAGGUGGAAAAAGCAAAUUAGUGAGAGGAAAAGCUCUGUGUUUGGGACCCUUUGUAAACUGUCUUCAAUUUUCUACACUUGUGAUCUGUAUUAUUUUGACCUCCAAAAACUUGACUUUCUUGUGAUUAUUGAAUGAAACUUAAUGUCUUAUGUGUUAGAAUAUAGCAAAAGUAUCCAGGUCUGUGUGUGUGCGUUAUAUCAUGUAUUUAGUUGGAGGUCAAAACCUCUUAUCACUUUUUUGGACAUUAGUAUGUAUAAAAUACAGCUUGGGGUUUUUUUUUCUGUUUCCUUAUGUUCUCUUUUAAUGUGGUCUUGCCCUUUGACUCUGGGAAGAGUGGGUCUGAUAGCAGAAACCUUUGAACUUAUCAGGCUCCCACCACUGUAGGGACAUAUCUGCCAGUGGUGCUUACACCAGGCUGUGCUACAGCCUUUUGCCAAAAAGAAUGAGAAGCCAUGUCUCUUAACAUCAAAGUAGCAACGGUUGGUCUUGAAGCAAAAGCCUGUUUUUCUCUCAGUUUAUAACGGAAACUCUUGUGCUUUCUCUUGGAAUAGUUGGUGAAAGCAUGUGAAGCUGCAUUUGCAUUAAGGAGGGUGUAGAUCACGGAUGUCCCGUGGAAUUGUAGUUUCCCAAAGGUGAGUGAGAGAUGUUGGGAGUUGAGAGACUCAGGGAUUUCAUGCGGCACCCUUCCUGUAUGUGGGCUGAUGCAAGGGGGAAGGGAGUUCAGGGAGCAGAAUGGACACAUUGCUGUUGUGAAAAGGAGAGGGUAGAUGUGGGAGGGGAACGUGGCUGGACAGGGAUUUCAAGACUGAGCCAGAAACUACGGGAGAAAUGAAAUGUCGAAAAAUAGUUUUCAAUGCAUGCUGUUCUUCAGCUUCUCACGUGGCUUUUACUCUUCCUCCAUAAGGUGAUCUGUGUAAGUGCUCAGACAUGGGAGCUGUGUCCCACUUCUCUGGGAAGGGAACAAGGCUUUUCAGUUGCUGUGGCCCUUCCUAGCACAGCAGUGUGCUUGGGAGAGCUGGGUGCCAGUGGCGCGUGAAUUCCUCUGCCCUGCAGUGCUCUCCUUUGGUGACUGCGGAGUUGAGGUGGGGAGGGACGGCUGGAACCGCAGCGGCAUGGCUGUUCUCACUGGAGAAAUUCCCAGCUUGUGCUUGGAGCAUCUCCCUUGCGCCAGAUACUGUGUGUGCACCCACCGACUGGGAUCCGUGUGCUUCCCCUGCCCCUUGCUUGGGUGGUGGCACCACAUCCCUUAGGGGUUUGUUGGGAAAGGCUACCCAAGAGCCCUGGGAUUGAGAAAAUGCAUGGGAAGGACUUGCUGGAGUUGCUCCUCGUGGGUGGUGAGAGGAAGAGGUUGGUUCCAGCGCUGCACGCCGGGAUGUGCUGGGAGCUCUGCUGGGUGCUGCACUGCAUCCUUGCAGCUCUGAGCUCCUUUUGCCGCCAGCUUUUUUGUACCUGCAGCUUCCCCUUCCCCUGGCCAGGGUGGUGGUUAUGUCCCUGGGGUUUGGGAUUUUUUAUUUUAUUAUUUUCUUUAGGUAAAAGGGCUCAUCAAUCUUGGAGCCUUUUAAUGUUUGUAGAUGUCUUCGUGUUUUUUAAAUGGAUUAUGGCACCUACGAAUUUUAACUAUAUAUGGAGCUCAAUAAACAAGUUAUAUGGG